UCAAAAUCUGGGAGCAGACCAUUCUUCUUCCUCCCCCACCCACGCGACUCAGAGCAAGGUAGCCAUGAGGAAGGCGCCCGCGGCGGCCGCCAAGCCCAAGCCGAGGGCGAGGGGGAAGGCCAAGCCCAAGCCCAAGCCCAGCCCUGACUCCCUCUCCGCCGCCUCCUCGCCUUCCAGCGCCAGCGCCGGGUCUCCCUCUCCCGUCGCGCUCGGCCGCGGCCUCCCCUCCGCCUCCAAGCCCAAGCCCAGGGCGAGCGCGAGGGUGAGGGCCAAGCCCAAGGGGAAGGCCAGCCCCGACUCCCUCUCCGGCGCCUCCUCGCCGUCCGACGCCAGCGCCGGGUCCCCCUCCCCCUCUCCCGUCGCAGUCGGCCGCGGCGGCUUCCUCUCGCCCGCCUCGCUGGCGACGCCCAAGGCCAGAUCCCCCCUCACCGCGGCGGCCACGUCCACGCCGGCCUCCGUGUCCUCCGUCGGCGACCUCAGGAGCCUCGCCGCCUCCAGCCUCGCCGCGCUCAAGCGCCGCCUCGACGCGCUCCACGCCGACAACGCCCGUGACCUCGAGGCCUCCCACUCGCGGAUCUCCAAGCGCAUCAAGAUGCAGACGCAGAGCUGCGUGCAGAUGUCGGAGGAGGUGGACAAGGAGCAUAAGAAGAUGCUCGACAAGUACUCCCAGCAGGCCGAGGAGAUGAAGGCAUCGUACAAGAAGUUGAUGACAGAUGUGCAGUCGUCUUCGGCUCGUGUGUGCAAGGUGACCUUACCUGAGAUGGGAAAGUCCGUGGCCAGAGCUAUCGAUGGCUUGCGCACUCGCUACAACAUCCCAGCUACAACAGCUUAGCAUACAGUUUCUGCUACGUCUCUGACUUGGUACAUGCCCUUCUCCUGAUCAACCUGGCUGCUGAAUUCCUGGACUCAUGGCAGCAGAAAACUCGCACAUUUGUCAAUAACAACUGUUACUAUCAUACACUUCUUGCUACAGUCUCUUCGUCAGCUACGUCAAAACUCGUUACGUUCAGUCCAAUAUAUGGGGCUCGUAAGCUACGUGAAAACUUCCGUUUGUACCUAGGAUUGGAUCAUGCUAUGAACUUAUACCUUGUAUUAUAUGAAUUGACGUCAGUCGGUUGAUUAAUCCGUUGGAUAUCGGAAGUUUGCUGAGUUC